AUGCGUAUGCAGUUCUGGAGAGAUUCUCUAGAUAAAGUCUUUGAAGGAAAACCACCCCAACAGCCUGUCGCAUUGGCCUUAGCCUAUGCUAUUCAAGAGCAAGAACUGGGCUAUCAUCAGCAACAGCAAGGUGGUAGCAAUGGUAGUAGUCGCCAGGAAGGGAAUUCAGAAAUGUCGCUCAUCUGGUUCAAACGUAUGAUCACAGAACGUGAACAGAACCUGUCAGAUCCACAAUUCAUGACUAUUGCACAGAUGGAAACUUACUGUGAGAACACAUUUGGGUCGUUAUUGUACCUACAACUUGAGUCUAUUGGAAUCAAAUCUUUGGAAGCGGAUCAUGCCGCUAGUCAUUUGGCAAAAGCUAUGGGGAUCGCCACCAUGCUCAGGGCUUUUCCCUUUCAUAUGCAACAAAGCCGGAUGAUCAUUCCUGCUGAGAUCACUGCUAAGCAUAAUUUAUCACAAGAAGCGCUUUUCAGGAAUCCAUCGAUUACACCUGCGCUUCAAGAUGCCACAUUAGAAGUUGCGACUGCUGCUCAUGUACAUCUUGCAACAGCUCAAUCGUAUAUGGAUAACUUACCUAAGGUAGCCCUCCCAGUGCUGAUGGCUGGAAUCCCUACAGAGUCAUAUUUGAAUCAGCUACAGAAAGCAGAUUUCAAUCCCUUAGCUCCUAGUACUCAAAAACGUGAAUGGUAUCUUCCAGCAAAAUUGUGGUAUCGCUGGCGACAGGGGAAGUUGUUUGACAUCAAAUAG